CAGUAUAGUAACUUCAUUUCCUGCCGUGGAAGGUAGUAGAUAUUAUUCUACAGAUCGUUGUGACUGCGUCACAUGCACUCAGUCUCAUGUAUGCAAGCAAGCAGAAGCAUUUUCUCGCGACACUCUUUAGUUCGUGUGACGACCCGCACCUGUGACGUCCUGAUCUAAUUGAUAGUCAUACAUGAUGGCACGAGAGAACGUUGUCCCAUCAGCAAUGCAACAUCCAUCACGGCGGCGGAACGUCACAACGAGAAAACGAUUGUGUGGUUUGCUUGCUUUUGUCGCACUUAACUUCGCUGUACAUGUUUGCUAUGACGCGGUGUCACAUUAUCGAAAAGGUUCAGGGCAUCAACCUGCGAACUGGCUCGAACUCGCAAACUGUGCGUAUCGACCUGAGUUAUAUGAAGGUCCACCUGUAGGAAUCAUCGGCGCACAGAAGCGAGUUUCGAGCUCACCCUUUCUUCACGUAUUUCUUCAAUUUCCUCAAAAUGAAGCAGACCUUCCAACUGUGCGCUAUCGAGAGUUCGUGAAGGCACUGCAAUGCAACAUCUGGCACCCGGCUGUCAAAAGCAUUCAUCUAUUGCAGGAACGCGACUUCGACCUAGACAGCAUUCCUUUGAUAUCUGAUCGUACAAACAAGGUAGUUGUUCACAUAAUCGGUCGACGAAUCCUUUAUGAAGAUGCAGUGAAGGCGAUGAAUAUGUUGCCAGAGAACUCCCUCGCCGUCCUAACAAACGCUGACAUCUAUUUAGGCGAUGGUUUUGACUUCUCGGUGUUAAACGCGAGCGUCUCUCAAAAUAAUGGCCUCGCGCUGACACGUUAUGAAGAUUCUACUUGCAUGUCAAUACAAAAGCAAACAGGGGUUUGUGACUGCCGUAUAUAUGAUAACUGCCACGACUCGUAUGUAUUUAGGUCCCCCCUUCCAGCGAUUCUUGUUCUUGGAAAUACGACAAGUUUUCGUUUCGGCGGGCUCUGGGGAAGCGAGAGAGUCUUUUUACAUCAGUUGACUUCUCACGGUCUGGCCCUGCACAAUCCUUGUUUCUUUUUAAAGACCCAUCACGUGCACUGCUCUCAAGUGAGACCAACUCAAGACAAUCGAUGGUUAAACAAGGAGCUGGGUAUUCCAAGCGAAUCUUCCAGAUUGCCUCCUAUUACUCAUAUAUGCGAGAGUAGAUGAUAUUAUUAUUGAAAUAUUGGUAGUGGUAUGUU